AUAUGCAUGAACGAGUGAACAGAACAGAGAGGCAGUUUAAGUCUCUCCCGGCUAACCAACAGAGUCUUCUUCCUCAAUUUCUUCCUCACCUUGACAAGAUUCGGAAGUGCAUUGAUCAUAAUCAAGAAAUACUGCAAACCAUUGUGAAUGACUGUGUUCAUAUGUUUGAAAAUAAGGAAUAUGAAGAAGAUGGAAGCGGGAAGAUUACACCAGCUUCAACAUUUGACAUGGAUAAAUUAAAGUCCACAUUGAAACAAUUUGUGAGAGACUGGAGUGAAGAGGGGAAGUCUGAGAGGGAUUCCUGCUACCAGCCAAUUAUUAGUGAAAUUAUAAAGAACUUUCCAAAAGAAAGAUGGGAUUUCUCCAAAGUUAAUAUCCUGGUACCUGGUGCUGGGCUAGGUAGAUUGGCGUGGGAAAUAGCUAUGCUCGGUUAUGCUUGCCAAGGAAAUGAGUGGAGCCUCUUUAUGCUCUUUUCUUCUAACUUUGUACUCAACAGAUGCUCUCAAAUUAAUUCAUGUAAGCUUUAUCCCUGGAUUCAUCAAUUUAGCAAUAACAGAAGAUCUGCUGAUCAGAUCCGACCAAUUUAUUUCCCAGAUGUUGAUCCUCACAGUCUUCCUUCUGGUUCAAACUUCUCUAUGACAGCAGGGGAUUUUCAGGAAAUUUAUUCUGAAUCCAAUACGUGGGACUGCGUUGCAACUUGCUUUUUCAUAGACACAGCACAUAAUGUUAUUGAUUAUAUUGAUACUAUAUGGAAAAUACUAAAGCCUGGAGGAAUAUGGAUAAAUGUAGGUCCUCUCCUUUACCAUUUUGAAAACUUGGGAAAUGAACUUUCCAUAGAAUUAAGCUAUGAGGAUAUAAAGAAUGUUAUUCUGCAGUAUGGAUUCCAUAUAGAGGUGGAGAAAGAAUCUGUCCUGUCAACUUACACUGUGAAUGAACUCUCCAUGAUGAAAUACUACUACGAAUGCGUGUUGUUUGUGGUGAGAAAACCGGAAUAGUAGUGGUCUGAAUAGGUUAAUGAGAAAAAAAUGUUGGUUUGAAAGCUAGAAAUGAGAAUAAAAUCAUCUGGUGAUGUAUGGACACAACCUCAAAUCAGUGGUGCCUUCUUGUUCCUAAGAGGAUAUAGAUAGUGUCUAUUUUCUUAAGCUCUCUGUUGCUAUUCAGACAUAUACUAUGCCAUGCAUAUUCAUAAUACACUUGUAAAAGAUUAAAUGUUCACAGGCACUGUCCUUGUAUUUUGGAAUGCAUUAAAUAAAAAAGCAGAAGUGUUUUCUUGAGAACAAAAUUUAAUAUUUGCCAUAAUUAAACUAAUUCUCUGCUAAUGCUGCCUCAUUUCUCAUAGAUUUAUAGUGCUUUUUUUUUUUUUUUUCUACUGGAUAUUAGGAAUGCAUGGAGGUGCUUACUGUACUAGCUGUAUCACUUUUAGAGAAGUAUUUGUAAAUGUAUACUUAAAUUAUGAAUUCUGAAAUGGUUGGGAAGUGGUAAAAUUAUUUUUGACAGAUAAAAUAGUCAUCAGAACUGUUAAAACAUUUUCUGUGGAACUGAAGUAUAAUAUGAUAUUACACAAAUUCUGAUCUCUGGCUGUACCACUGUUAAAGGUUUAAUUGAAAAAUCAGAACCUCUAGGAAAUUUUAAGUACUAUGUGAAAACUGAAUACUGAGUGAAGAAAAGGCAAAUUAUCACAGAGAAGAAGUGUUAAACUCGGUUCAGGAAAACACUGGUUGAUCUUAGCGUUGGAACUGAAAUGUGUUAGAUGCAUUGCCUUCUUGAAAUAACACUGAUUUUGAGUCAUCUUCCUACUGUUUAAGCCAGAAUUUUUAAAGUUGAUAAACGUAGCUGAGUUAUCCAUGCCAUGUGUAGGUAGUACGACAUAAAAGUACCUGUCGGAGCAGUGAAGUUACAUGUGCUAAGACUUAAUUACUUCCCCCUGAGCCAGAAUAUGCAGGCCAGGUGGUAGACAAUUUCCUUGUAUCUUAAAACACUUCACCCUUGAGACUUCCUGGUUCCUCCUGCUAAUGUGUUUUUUUCCCCUAACAGAUGUGUCUUAGGUGAAUAUUUAAUCUACAAAAUAAUUGUAUGUAGCUGUCAUGCUACAUACAAUCUCAUGUCACUUUGAAGUUAUGUACAUGAGAAAAACCUUAAUUAACUAGUCUGAGAUGAGGUGUCAUCUUAGGUGUUUUGUUUUCGUGAUAUAUUGAUUACCUUAAGUGCCAUUGGGAUGCAUUUUCAAAAAUACAUUUAAAAUCUAAAACCAUUAUGAUGAGGGCUGGUUUUUUUGUUUUUUUUUUUUUUUCAUAUUUAGCUGUAAGGACACUGGUCAGUAGCUUGUUUGUUUCUGAUAAUUUUUUGUCCUGUCUUUCAUAGUGAUGUCCUAAUCACAUCUCUUUAAUAGAUAUGUUACUGGCUUUUUGAUUUUUGUAAUCAAGGCCAGAAAUUUGUGCCUUUAUUCCUAAAUUGAAAAUCUGCAAGGAGGGAAAGCAAACUUAAAAAAAAAAUAUUUUCAAUGCUGCAUAAGAGCAUAUGCUUGUAUAUGUUUCAGUAUUGUGCCCCUUUCUGCUCAGAAUUCUGAUUGAGAACAGAGGCUUCUGAUCUACAGAAGUGUUGAAGGUUGGCUUAAAAACUACUCUUUGAAUUCUCUUAUUUUAAAAGUGCAUGAACUGUCAAAGUUCCUGUUCGAAGGGAGAUCUGUUAAAAGAUUAAACACUGCUCUUCAACAAAUAUUUUAAAAGUCCUCAUGUGGCUAAAAGUAAAAAACCACAUGCAUUAAUUUCUAUAUUGUAGCAUUUAAUUUUUGAGAAAAUUUGUGAUUCUUUGCUUUCAAUCUGCUUCUCUUCUCUUAGGCAGAAUACGAUUAGUAAUUUACUUGAUUUUCAAGCUUCUUGAAAUAGGACAGAGGUUAGGUGAAUGUCAGGUUGAUGCCAAGUAGCAUAUCUAUAAUACUACCCAGCUGCUGCCCCUUACACAGUGUGUAACUUGAAAUGUGGUGUUUUGUUUUUCAAAAAUAAGCAAUGGAACUCUUUAUUUAUGGUUGAGUGUGGAUAUCCUGUGUCAAUAUCCUCUGUUCUGGUGGUUUUUUUCCUUGCCACUCCAUGUUGUCACAGGUGCCAUUUUUUUAUGUUCUCUGAAAAUAUUUUUACACAUGAUGUAAUACAGUGAUGUGCUUUUAUUUCUAAUCUAGAAAAUGCUGGGUUUUUUUCCAGAGUAUUCUGCUUUUAAAUUGCAACAGUCACAUUAAGAGUUGGAAGCAAAAUAGUCAUGUGAAUGAGCUGUUAGUAGUGUUUUACCUGCAGUCCCAUUUAUGAGUUGUUGGAAUUUGCCACUUGUACUGUAAUGCACAGGGAUAAUUGUGUAUUAUAGAAUUUGAUCAUUGUUUUAUUUAGUUUUCUAUGCAGGUGGAAAUGCUCAAGGUAUUUGCCAGCUGAGACUGUUUCUUUUAGGUCCUUAAUAUACUAUACAUGGUAACAGGUGUAAAAAAAUGCUGCAUAAUCUUCAGUGUAAAACUUCUUUAUAUGGAGUUUGAUAUACGUAAAACGUCCUGUAUUUUUUUUUAAUGUGUUAUAUUCUGGAAUUGUUUGCAAAGAUGGUAAGAAUGGGAAGUUUCAUGUCUCUGUGUGCACUUCCCACAGUUCUCUGUGUGUAAUGGACUGUUUUUUUGGAUAUUAAAGCUUGCUGUAAG